GGUACUGCCGGUGAGUGGUUGGUGCGCAACGGGAGUCUCAGUUGUCUCCAGCCAUUUUGGUUUGUGUCCCUUCCUCGAGUAGCAAUACUCACCAUGCCGCCCAAAAAAGAUAAAAAGCCAGCAACAGGAGCAACUGGGGGCAAGCCAGCAGGCGGGGCUGAGAGCAAGCCCGCCGCUGGAGCCACUGGUGGAAAGUCAACUGGAUCUGGAGCCAAGCCAGCUGGAGCUACAGGUGGAAAGCCAGCUGCACCCAAACCUGCUGCUGGUGGUGCAAAGCCUGCUGCUGCUGCCAAGGGUGGAGCUACUGGAGGCAAACAGAAUGCAGGUGGUAAGCCUGCUGCAGCUGCUGGUGGAAAGGCUGGAGCUGCUGGAGGAAAGUCUGGAGCCACUGGAGGAAAGCCUGCAGCAGCUGCUGGAGGCAAAGCUGGAGCUGCUGGAGCUAAGGCUGGAGCAGGUGCAGGAAAAGCUGGAGGCAAGCAGGGUGCCGGAGCUGCCGGAGCCAAGAAACAAGGAGGCAAGGCUGCCUCUGGUGGCAAGCAGGGAGCAGGCACCAAACCAACAACAGGAACUAAGAGGCCAGCAGGAUCUGCUGCCAAGGGGCCUGCUGCUAAGAAGCAAGCCAGUGGAGCAGCAGCUCCUAAGAAGGGAGGCCCCAAGAAGGCAGGAGCUAAGGGAGCGGCUGCUGGCAAGGCCGGUGCCAAGGGCGCUGCCAAAAAGCCUGCUGGAAAGGGAGCCGUUGGAAAGAAACCCGCGGCUAAGGGAGCUGCUCGUCCCAAGGUUGGAGUGAAGAAACUCACCAUGGGAGCCUCCAAAGACAAGAGACUGAAGACCAAGACAGGCAAGAAGAUUGCUGUGAAGAAGGCUACAAGGGUCGCUCUUAAGAUUGUGAAGGGCGCUCAUGGCACCAGAGUGAAGAAAAUCAGAACUACUGUUCGUUUCCGUCGCCCCAAGACCCUGAGGCUUCCACGCUGCCCCAAGUACCCUCGCCGCUCAGUCCCAAGGAAGAGCAAACUGGAUGCCUUCAACAUCAUCAAGUACCCUCUUACUACUGAGUCUGCCAUGAAGAAGAUUGAGGACAACAACACUCUUGUCUUCAUCAUCGACCGUCUUGCUAACAAGUACCAGAUCAAGUCCGCUGUGAAGAAACUUUAUGAGAUCGAUGCUGCUCGUGUCAACACCCUUCACAGGCCGGACGGACUGAAGAAAGCAUAUGUAAAACUUGCCCCUGACUACGAUGCCCUUGAUGUUGCCAACAAGAUUGGCAUUAUCUAAACAUUGUGGUGAAUGGAAAGAUUUAAGUAAAAAAAAAUGUCUC